CUAAGUGUACUAAUCUGCGAAUCCUCUAUAUUACUCCAUUAAGCAACUGCCAUAUAUUUGUAAGACGAUUUACUUUGGUGGACGUUUCGUUUUUUCACCGAAUAUCUAGCACAUAUGAAUAGUGGAGAAUUAGGUUGUUUAGAAGGCGGCGAUCUUCGGAUUUGCGGUGAGCUUAUUUGUACAAUAUGCCAGGAUUUGUAUAAUUCUGGCUGGGUAACUGGCACUGGUGGAGGAAUUACUAUCCGUUCAGGAGAUGCAAUCGUCAUUGCUCCAUCUGGUGUUCAAAAAGAAAGGAUGCGAUUAGAGCAUCUCUUCGUUAUGUCUUUGAAGACUCGUGAAUACAUUCACAAGCCUUUACAACCCCUCAAGCCUUCUCAGUGUACUCCUUUAUUUUUAGCAGCUUAUACCUGUCGCGAUGCUUAUGCAUGCAUCCAUACUCAUUCUCAGGAAGCCAUCUUACUUUCAGAACUAUUUCCUAAUUCAGAUUAUUUCUCAGCGUCUGGUUUUGAAGUGCUUAGACAUAUUCCCCGUGGAACGAAGAAAAAUGGUUUUUAUUCCAUAACGGACACCGUAAAAAUUCCCUUUAUAGACAACACGGCGCAUGAAAGAGACCUUCAUGAUAGUUUAAAAGCAGCUAUCCUAGCUUAUCCAGAAGCAUGCGCCGUCAUUGUAAGAGAUCAUGGCAUUUAUUGCUGGGGUGACAGUUGGCAAGAUACAAAAAUGAACACAGAAGCUGUGGAAUACUUAUUUCAAGCAUACUUAAGAAGCCGAAAAAUUAAAUCCAAUUAAAUAGCCAGCUAAGUUCGGACUUUUCUUUUCAUUAUCUAAUUCUUGGUAUUAUAAAUAAAUCUACUUAGUCAUUAAAGUACGAC